AUGAAGCGAAGAGAUUCCAAAAAUAGACAACGGAGAGGUUCAGGUGAUGACGAAGCAACAAGAACCAGAUCGUCGAAAUUUAAGAAAAAGAAGAAGAAAUCGACGAAUCAAGGAGACAUGCCGGUCAUUGAUAUUAUCUUCAGGGUCGAAGAGAUUUGCAAGAAGUACGACAAGUACGACGUCGACAAGCAGCGCGAGCUUGGAGCUUCCGGCGACGAUGCCUUCUCUCGCCUCUACACCUCCAUUGAUUCCGACAUUGAAGCAGUUUUCCGUAAAGCGGAAUUGGCAUCAACAGAGAGCAAUAGAGCUGCAGCGGUGGCCAUGAACGCUGAGGUUCGAAGAACAAAAGCGCGUUUAGCUGAAGAUGUUGUUAAACUGCAAAAACUCGCCGUUAAAAAGGUGAAAGGACUUACAAAAGAGGAACGAGAAUCGCGAUGCGAUCUAGUUAUCGCACUAGCCGAUAGGAUUCAAGUAAUACCUGAUGGAAAUCAACAUGCAGCUAAACAAAAUGAUUGGGGAGGUGCUUCUGCACCUAACAACAACAUCAAGUUUGAUAUAUCUGAGGACGACAUGGAUGAUGGGUUUUUCCAGCAAACUGAAGAAUCAAGCCAGUUUCGACAAGAAUAUGAGAUGAGAAGACAAAAACAGGACGAGGGUCUUGAUGUUAUAUCAGAAGGGUUGGAUGCACUGAAGAACUUAGCACGUGACAUGAACGAGGAACUUGACAAGCAAGUCCCAUUGAUGGACGAAAUGGAAACAAAGGUUGAUGGAGCAUAUUCGGAUUUGAAGAACACAAACGUUCGACUCAAGCAACAGCUUGUGAAGAUGAGAUCUAGCCGCAACUUCUGCAUUGAUAUUAUUCUUCUCUGUGUGGUCCUUGGAAUCUGCUCUAAACUAAAGUUGGAGAUGGGCUACAGCGAUAUUCUUCUGGCCAUUUAUGAAGCCUACGGUAAGUUCUUAAACCAAGCUAAUAAAGAUACUUUUCUUGGAGAGCAAGCAACGUUUGCAAAUAGAAUAGUUAGUAAUUGUAAGCAAAACGGAAACGUGGAAGUAAAAGGAUUUGGAAGAAAAUUAACCGAGAAUUCGUUACAAUAA